AUGUGCACACACCCACAUGAUAAAGGCAGCUGAUGGGUAGCACAGUACAGGUCAUUUUGUUGGACAACACAGAGCCAUCUCUUAUCGUUAGUUAAAAACCUUGUUGCAUUGAGAAGAACGGAAAUGGAGCAAUAUGUCAAUAUAUCUGCUGAUUCAGGGAGAAAUCCUUCAGAAGGGAGAGAAAACUGCCAAUCAAAAACAGGAAAGUCAAAAGUCUACAAGUUGGUUGGAGUCAGCUUCGGCCUGCUGUGUAUCAUACAAUCAGCUCUCAAUGUUGCUCUUCGCCUGAAAACUACUGCAUUUAGCAACAACUCCAACCACAUUUUCUCUAGCAAUGUCACCCUGAUCUCAUCAUCUGACAUCAACGCCCUGCUUCUGAAGAAUGACCAACUGGCAAACAACAUCUCAGAGUUAGAGGCCAGAAACUCCCACCUAAUCCACGUUAAUGAGAUGUUAAAUGUCCAGCUUCAGCAGCUUCGAAAUGAAAACUCAAGGCUGAUGGAUAGGUUUUCCAAACAGGAACAGAAAUGCCCAAUAUGUGACCCUGGAUGGAGGACAUACAUGUCCAGCUGUUACCAGCUUUCCACUGAAAAAAGGAACUGGAGGAGCGCCAAUGAUGACUGCAUUUCGAAAGGAGCUCAUCUGUUGAUUAUAAAUGAUGAAAUGGAAAAGGAUGUUCUUUAUAUUUUUGGAUAUGAGACUGUGUGGAUCGGUUUGAGACGUCAACAAAACGUUUGGACAUGGGUGGACAAAAGCAUGUUCAAUAAUCCCCAGGGGAUUUAUCAGCCGCCAGGCAAUGAAAGGAGGAACUGUGUCAUUGCUCUCCAGGAUCAAAGCCACUAUGUCGACUUGUCCAGUGCCGUAUGCAGAGAACCACAUUACUGGGUGUGUGAGAAGGAGCCGAAGUGAUACACCCUCUUUAGUAAACUUAAAUAUCUCUCAGGAAUGAUUUAUCAUUAAGUUACACAUUAAAUAUAUUAAACUAUUGCGUGUAUAUACAUAAAAUUUCAUUCAUUAUCGAGAGAAACAUAACUACAGUAAGUAUGAAAAAGCAUUUAUAGACCUAAGUUUGCUAAAUGCCAGAAAGUGUAUUGCAUUGCUAUGGAAAAGAACCCAUCAACCAAGUAUCAGUCAAUGGUUAAAACAAAUGUUAUCAAGUCUACCCUUGGAAAGAAUUACCUAUAUUCUGAAAGGUAAACAACAUUUAUUUGAAGGUAUAUGGAAGCCCUUUAUUGAUUAUGUCAAGAACUCAGACUUAACAGAAAACCAAACUGAUGACUAACUACUGCGGGUAUGGCAAUUUCCAAAAUUGUGACUGUUAAUUUAUUUUCUUUUCUCUUUUAAUAAGUUACUUUUCAAAUGCCUGUAGCUUAUCAUUAUUAUUACCUUUAUGUUAAGAUCCAUUACAUUGGGUUUAUAAUCCGUUUUGUAACAAGAGAAGCAUGUUGUUCAUUUUGUGUUUUUAUUGUGAUUGUUUUUUUUUUCUUUUUUUUUUAGCGAUAACUGGCAGCUAAUCUAUGAGAAAUGACAUGCAGCCAUGGCUAGGCCAUAUAUGUCAUGAUUGUCAGUAUUGUUAUCAUUUUAUGCUACUGUAAAAGCUAAAUAAAGAU